UCAGAAACUGUUAUUACCUUAUCUAGGAUUUGAACUCUAGUCUUCUAGCAGGACUUCUGAUUAACAGGCUCAGAUUUGUAUGGGAGAACUGCAUGUAAUCAAGAACUUCCAAUUCAGUAAUCCUAACAGAACUGGAAUAGGCUAUACAGGGGCUGUGCCGUGUGCCCUGGCACCCGGUUGGUGCUAGGACCUGGGGUGGGACCAGCAGCGACAGUGCUGCAACUUUGCUGCCAUCUAUUUAAAGCCUGCCCUGAGUCAGGAGAAGCGAGUGCUGCUGGGGAUGACAGUUGCUUCAGGCAACCCUGGGGAGGACAGGGUCGGGGGUAAAAAUCAAAGACAAGAGCCUGAGCAAGAAAGAACAUGGAGGGAUACCGUGGUGCAGAGUGUGACCGGGCAUCUGAGACCUCCUCCUUCAUAGAGGAUGAAGAAGAGGAGGAAGAAGAGGAGGAGGAGGAAGAAGAGGAGGAAGAGGCCGUGGACCCAGAGGAAGCGGAGGAGCUGACUCACAGUCUGAAAGAUCUUAUCCAAAGUGAAGAUGUGAGACCCAAGCUGCAGUGCAUCAUGACUAAUCCCUCCUUUUCUAUGGUAACAGUUCAAAGUGAAGAUAGUGGGAUAACGUGGGAAACCAGCUCAAGCAGAUGUUCUACUCCCUGGACUUCGGAAACUAGUACAACUUCUGAUCUUUACAGUAUGGAAAGUUCACCAGUGGGUUCUCCUCCAGGAAAAGUUAUCUUUAUUAUGGAUGAAGGCAAAAUUAUUCGGAAAAGGAAGCGUAAACCUUCAAAUAGAAUGCCAUUGCCCACACACGUGAGAGGAGGUCAGGGCAAUAAGAAACGCGAUUCUUCUGGAAUGCAGAGACAAGAACCAAGAACUGUUCUAGGAGACGUGCAGGGCUCAAUGUUAAAUGUUGAACAGAUGGAAGAACAAGACACAGAUGAAGAAAUGUUGGAGGACAAAGAAGAUCUGGAGAAUAUUGCAGAACAACCAGUAAAACGUGCUCCAAUAAGAUCAAUAUUUAGAGAAAGCAGACUGAGGAAAGUAGGGCCAAUCCUUGGAGGACCAGUAAAGUCUAGAAUACAGCUGUUCAAUUCAAUUUUUGGAGGGACUGGGCCACCUCCUGAAACACUAGAAAAAAGUGGAAUCCAAAGGAAGAGCUCCAUUUCAGGAGAAUCAGAAUACUUCCUUGAAGCAUCAGUAAAAGAAAGAUCGCAUAAGUUCAUUUCAGAAACGGCACAUACAAAAUCUUUCCAGAGAACAAGCAGAAGUCUUGAAACACCAUCAGAAAGAAGAAGGAAUCAAAGGCAGCAAUCCAUAGCACAUUCAAAUCAAGGCUAUUCUUCAAUAACACCUCUUGAAAAACAGCUUACUGGUAAAGAUGUCUCAUUUCAAAAUAUUAAACCUGUUAAAACAAAAGAUAAACCAAGCAAGUUUUCAAAGUCUGGGGAAGGAACAACUUUUCAGCACGAAGAAAGACAAGACAGGCAAUCUCAACUGGAGAAUCAGGUAUCAGGGCAGUCACAAAAGUUCAGCCCUCCCAAAGAAGCAAGGAAGCAGCAAAGUUACCCUUAUUCACCUGCAGCUAAGAGGGCAAUAACAGAACAGUUAACAACUACUGCACUAGAGUCUGAUGAUAAAUCAGAGGAACAAGUGUCACUUCUUUCAAGUGAAACUGCAAAUAUGAAACCAGAUCAGUCACUGCUGACAGUAUCAGAUCACCUAGAUGAACCAAAGGAGCAAGAGAUUCAGCGCAGUUCAACACUACCAUCUGUUUCAGCAGAUUCUGUUAAUAAAUUAAAUAGACAAAGUACCAAACCUACAGUAUCUACGUUGGAACAUCUUGAGAAGGAAGUACAGAAGUCAGCAGUUCAGUCUCACUUACCUACUGCCCUGUCAGCUAAAUCCAGUUAUUCCACUCCCUCCGAAACAAGACAGGAGGAUAUUAUUCAUCAGUCAUCAGAAACUGCACAAUCAGAGUCUGAACAUGUGCUUUUACCACAUUCUCUAGAUGUAUCAGAGAAGCAAGAUACUGAUGGUCACUUGUCAGCAACUGCACAGUCAGAAACAGAGCAUUCUGGUCUAUUGUAUCCUGUUAAAAAAAAAGAGAGUCAAAGGACCCCACAACCAGAAAUGCAAAAUAUUUGCUUAGAGAAGCAAAGAGAGUCAGAACAAGACUUAUUCUUUGCUCAAGAAGCAGAGGAGCAAGUAAUCAAACAAAAUGCACAUACUUCUGAAAAGAUGGAUUCUAAGUAUUUUGGCGUUUCAUAUCCUGUUUGCACAGAAACACAAGAAACUGUGAAAAGAUCAGUUGUAGAUAAAGCAGCAGAUUUGGAUCACCCUGUUUUUUCUGUUGAUAAAAACAAUCAAGCAGAGAGAGCACAAAUGGAGAUGGAAUAUCCGGAUUUUUCAUACUCCAGUGAAGUAAGUGGGAAAUCAGAGAGACCACAGACAGAGACAGAGCAUCCAGAUUUCUCUUUUCCCAAGGAAGUAGCAGCGGAAUCUGAGAGCGCACAGCUAAAGACAGACAGUCCACAUUUUUCAUAUUCCAGAGAAGAAACGGAUAAAUCAAAGAGUUCACAAGGGGAGACAGAGCAGCCAGAUUUCUCAUUUCCCAGGGAAGAAAUGCAGGAAUCAGAGAGUGCAGAGCUGGAGACGGUACAUCCAGAAUUCCUUUCUUCCAAGAAAGACACAGAAAAAUCAGAGAGUCUGCACUUGGAGACAGAGUAUCCAGAUUUCUCAUAUUCCAGGGAAGAAAUGAUGGAAUCAGAGAAUGCACAGUUAGAGAUGGAGCAGUCAGACUUUUCUUUUUCUAGGGAAGAAACAGAGGAUUCAGGGAGUGCACAACCUAAGAUAGAGCAUCCAGAUUUCCCCUAUUCUAGGGAAGAAAUGAUGGAAUCAGAGAAUGCACACAUGAAGAUGGAGCAGUCAGACUUUUCAUUUCCCAGGGAAGAAACAAAGGGAAUGAAGAGUACACAACUGGAGACCAAGCAUCCAGAAUUUGAUUUUUCCAAGGAUGAUAUGCAGGAAUCAGAGAGUACACAGAUGGAGACAGAGCAUCCAGAUUUCUCUUAUUCCAGGGAAGAAAUGGUGGAAACAGGGAAUGCACAGCUGGAACAGACAGAUUUUUCCUUUUCCAGGGAAGAAACAGAGGAAUUGGAGAGUGCACAGACGGAGGCAGAACAUCAGGACUUGUCAUUUUCCAGGGAAGAAACAGAAGGGCAAAAAUCUAUUCCCUUUGAACUGGAACGGCCAAAGUCUUACUCCCCUGAAGAAGAAGAGCAAGAAAAAACAGUACAGUUUGAGCUGGAACCUUCAGACAUAUCCUGUUCAAUGGAAGAAGCAGAGAAAGAAAACACCGCAAAACUUGAAUUAGUACAUCCAGAUUUCACUGGAAGAGAUAGUAUGCAGCAAAUGGGGCAUAAGGAAACAGGGCAUUCAAUUUUCCCAUAUCCAGUGAAUGAAACACAACAUCAAGAUUUGGCACAAGUAGAUACUGACAAAACUCUUUUGUCAAGUUUUGAUGACAGAGGGGAGCAACCACAACCUGUACAGAAGGUGUUGCAACCUGGAGGUAAGCUUAACGCCACUGGCAAGUCAGUGCAAGGAGAAACUAGUCAACUGCAUUCAGAAUGUCCAGUUUUGCCAUAUUCUGCUGCAAAAGAGCAGCAACAAAGAGAAGAGUCUGAUAAGUUAUAUUCCACUGGAAAAACAGAUCCGGAAAUAUUUCAACCAAAGGUAAAACAUGCAGAUUUCCCAUAUUUCCAUGGAGAAGCAGAACAAGAAGCUGUACAAACAGACACAGGAAGUCCACAGUGUUCAUAUUUCAUUAGUGAAGCACAGCAAAGUGAAAUCAUGCAACCAGCUUCAGAAAAUAGGGAUCUCUCAUUUGCCACUGGAGAAACAGUGCAAGAAGAAAUGAAAUCAGGAUCUUUGUGCUCCUCACAUUCAACUGACAGACCAACACACAGGGAAAUGAUUCAGCUGGAGCAGGAACAUUUACUUCCUGCUUAUUCCACUACUGAUUGUCAGCAAGAGGAAAUCACACCCCUGGAUUUGCCUCAGCCAGAUAUACCAUAUUCCACUGGAAAAGUAGAACAAGAAAAUAGAGUACAAAAAGGGCUGGAAGAGCUGGUAGAAAUCCAACCAGAAGUUACAGAAAAGGAACCAGAUUGUUCAGAUUUGCCAGAAAACUGGGGGAAGGUAGAAACACAGGACAUGGACCAAAUGAAUUUGGCACAGGAAGAAACAAUUGAACCAGAGUUAGAGCAUCCACCUUUGCCACAUUCUUUCAGUGAAGUAAUGCAAGAAGAAAAUGAAAUGGAACAAACGUAUCCAGGACAGCCAUUCUAUUCAAGUGUAGAUGUGCAGGAGGAAGUGACUCAACAGAAAACAAAGCAACAAUUUCUUUCAUGUUUCACUGGAAAAACAGAGCAAGAUGAAAUAAUGCAUUCAGAGCCGGAGCAAACAUCUGUGCCCUCUUCUAGUGGCAAGGAAGCACCACUGGAGAUGGAAAUGGGUUCAGAAUAUCCAGAUUUGUCAUAUCCCUCUCACAGACCUGAACAGGAAAAGUUUAGACAUCCAACGUUGCCAUUCAGUUCGAAGGAACAAGAAACUGCACCACUAGUAAUAGAACAUCCAGAUUUUUCAUGCAACACUGGUGGACUGAAGCCAGGUGAUACCAUACAGCAGGAAUCAGAAUAUCCAGAGAAGUCUUACUCCAUGGAAGAAAUGCAACAAGAAUCAGAGUAUUUAGAUUCACCAGAAACCCUGGGCAGAGCACAAGAUGAAACUGUGGAGCUGGAAUCUGAAUACACAAAUGUAUCAUGUUCUGAUGGCCAAGAAAGCCAGCAAGAAACUUCAGAACUUGCUUCAAAACAUCCAGGUACAUUGUUUUCCUUCAGUAAUUUUCAAGAACAAGCAACUCAAGAGCUUGAUUCAAAACAUAAAGAUUUGCCUAGGGUGGCCAGGAAAAGAGCUUUACCAGGAACAGCACAAGUAGACUCAAAAUAUCCAGAUUUGACAUAUACUUUUGGAAAAGCAGAGGAGACAGAAAUAGCACAGUCAGAAGCAAGACACUCUGACUUGUCACAUUCCUCCAGUGAAACAAACAAACAAGAAGCAACACUGUUGGAUCAGAAACACAGAAAAAUUUCAGUUGACAGAGAAAAGCAGCAGCAAACAAAAGAAGAGCAGGUAGAGCAAGAAAAGUUUUCAUAUGCUUCUGGCAAAACAAAACAGUUAAAAUAUGCUGAAGAGGGCUUUGAGAAACAAGAUUUAUCAUUUUCCACUGUUAGGCCAGAUGAGAAAGUGGCUAUGAGGGAGACAGAACAUGCUGAUGUGAUAUAUUCUCUGGAAAAAGCAGAAAUGCAACAAAAAGCACAGCCAGAAUCAGAGCAAAUGGAUUUAACUUACCCCUUUGAAAAAGCAGAACAGAAAAUGGCUCAGCCAGAAGUGGGAAGAUCUUAUUUGGCCCAUUCUGUGGGUUCAGCAGAACUAGAAGAAAUAGCAGAACCAGGGCAGAGAUAUUCUGACCUGCCUUAUUCUGUUCUCGGAGUAGAAAAACUGCAAAGUGGAGAGCUGAAGCCUGAACACCCCGGUCUAGCCUGUUCCUUCAACAAAGUACAGGAAACAACACAAAUGAAUGUGUUGGAUGCUCCUGACAAAACUGAGAAAUGCCCACUUGCUAAGGUGAAGCUGGGCGAUGAAGAUUUGGCAUCUCCUGCUGACAAAGUCAGACAGCAAGGGUUGGUUCAUACAGCCUUGGAAUGCCCUGAUGAGAACCAGUCUGCCAGCAGAGCAGAGCAUCCACAACCAACAGAAGAGAAACUAGAAGUUCUGGAUAUAUUGUCUUGUAGUGGAAAAGAAGAGCAAAGAGAAACAGCAAAAACAGUGCUGAAGCAGCCUGACUUAUCAUAUUCCAUUCAUGGAACACAGCCACAAAAAAAUACACAGCUGGAGUUAAAAAAACCAGACCUAGCAACUCAGCCUGGCAAAACAGAACAAGUACAGCCUGCUCAAAAGGAGCAGUCAGGCUUCUUGCAUUCUUUCAGCAAAGAGGAAGAACAAUCACAGUUAUCUUAUUCUGUUCGUGAAACAGAACAAGAGGUAGCACAUGAGGAAUCAAUCCAUUCAGCUUUAUCUGCUGGCAGAUUAGAACAGCACGAAUUCAUACAACCAGAGGCAGAAAUAAUGGAUUUAUCAUGCUCAGUUGCUGAAACACAGCAGUCUCAAAUAGAUGAACUGGAUUUGGAAUAUCCAGAUUUAUCGCAUUCCACUGGUGCACUACAGAAACAAGAAGAGGUUCAACCAGAGCUGGAAGAUGAAAGUGAUUUUUCAUCAUCUCUCAGAAAAGAGCAAAGUGAAAAUGUGAGAAAGCAGGCAGAACGCUCAGAGUUUCAGCGCUCUGUUAUGAAAGCAGAAGGGCUGCAAGAUUUGCAGGUGGAAUCAGAAUGUACAGACUUGUCAUCUUCUGUCACCACAGCAGAAACUCAUGAAACAACACAGCCAGUGUUGAAAGAACUUGAUUUGUUGCAUUCUUCUGUCAAAACAAAGCAAUUGUGGGAUUCACCAGAGCCUGAUCAUCUAAAUGUCUCAAGUGCCACAGACAAGGUACCAGACCCUGACUUGUUUUCUUCCACCACUGAAGAAAAACGGAGUGCACAGGUGGAUUUUAAACAGGAGAGAGAAAGCUGUGUAUUACGCACAGAGGAAACGGCAAAACUGAAGUUAGAACAGCCAACACUGACAAGUGCUCAUGGCAUAGUGGAGCAACCAAGAACGUCAGUGGAAGGAGAGUUCCUGGACUUGCAUCACUCUGGUGAAAAAAGGAAAAACAAGGAAGAGAAACAUGAAAUGUCAAGACAAGAUUUAAAACAUUCAGUUUUGUCAGAUUCUAUUGAUAAAACACGGCAGCAAGAAAACACACAACCUGAAUCAGGACAAUCAGAUUUGUCACCUUACUGUGGAAAGAAAGAGCAGCCACAAAUCGUUCAAGUGAAAGAACAUCAGGAGAUGCUACAUUUCCCUGGCAAAACACAGUGGCAAGGAACAGUUCAUCCAGCGGUUGAACAUCCAGACUUGUCAUAUUCCAUUGGCAAAGUAGAUCAGCCACAGUCUACACAAUGGAAAUCAGAGCAGGCUGUAACACCUCGUCACACUAAAACAACAGAGCAACAAGGAAUGGCACAUCUGGUGCAGGACUUAGGACAACAAGAUUUUACAUACGACUCUGGUGAAACAGAUGAAAUGCAAACUGUGCAAAGUGAACAGGAACAUACAGCUUUAAUGUAUUCUUCUGAUGAAACAGAACAAGAAAUGGUGGUGUCAGAGUUGCAACAUCCUCAGCUAUGUUAUUCUGUAAGAGUAACAGAAGAUAAAAUCACACAUCAGAAAUCAGACAAUAAAGAUUUGUCGUAUUCUACUUGCCAUCAGGAGCACCACGAAACUGUACAACCAGAGAUGGAAGAAAUGGAUUUAUCCUAUCCAACUGACAAAUUAGAGCACUCACAACCUGCCCAAAUAGUACUGCAAAAGCCAGGGUUUCUGAAGUCUUUUGGCAAAGAGGAAAAGGAAUUGGCACAGCCUUCCUUUUUGGACUCACUUGGUGGAGAAAAGCAGAAACCAUCUCCACAGUUAGACUUAAUGCAACCACGCUUAUCACAUUUACUUGAUAAACCAGAAAAACAGGAAACUUCACAAGAAGAGUUUAUAUCUUCUGAUUUCUCAUAUUCAGUGGGAAAAGCAGACCAAUUGCAAACAGAACAAGCAAAAUCAAAAUAUCCAGAUUUUUCAUAUUCUUUUGACGAAGCAGAAACUUCUGGAGUGAAACCACUGAGUUUAUUAUCCUCUUAUAGCAAACCAGAGCAGACACAGACUGCCCAUCCAGAACAUCCAGAAACAUCAUACCUUGCAGGCAAAGCAGAGAGGAGGGAAGGGACCCAUCCCGAACUGCAGUGUUUUAAUUUGCCAUCCUCUGCUGUUGAAGCGGAGAAACAAGAAACACUUUCUGUGUCUUAUACUUCUACUAGGACUGAGGAACACCAAACUGCAGAACUGAAGUCUGAACAAUCAGAUUUACUAAAUUCUACUGAAAAGGUAGAAAAGCAUGAAAUGUCUGUAUUGAGAGCAGGACAUUCAGAGAAGUGGAACACUGGGGUUACUUCAUCUCUAACUACUCCGUUGGAAACUGAAAAAGAUUUAUCCUUUUCCACUAAGGAAGCAACGAGACAAAAAACUCAGCCCUUUUCGUCUCUUCCUGGAAAAUCAGUGUCUGUACCAACAAAAAUUGAAAGAAAUCUAAAGUCUUCAUCUGUAACUGGAGGCCUUUCCUCUGAGCAUUUAGAUUUGCCUCAUGGACAGAGUAAAACAGAGCCGUCAGAAACAGCACAGCCAGGUUUCUUCUUUACGAGAAAAGAAGCAGAGAAUACAAGAACUCAUCUACAUUUGCCCAUGACUUCACAGUCAGAGGCUGAACAUGUAAUUUUACCUGAAACAGAGAGAGAACACACUCCAUAUUACUUCCACACAACUCCACAAUUAGAAUCUGAGCAAUUAAAUACAUCAUUUUUUAUAGAUAAAACAGAAACUCUAGAAUGUCAGGAGUAUUUACCUGCUCCUUCAAAACUGGAGACUGAAUCCUCAGCUACAUUUUAUUCAGCUGAUGAAACACAACGAGAAAUUCCACCUUAUUCAAAACCUGCCUCUGAGAAUUUGUUUCCCAAGUAUUCCCAUGCUGAACAAGAAAAGCAAAGCAUGAAGCUAGUUAUUCCCCAGUCUGCACAGUCGGAGUGUAAAUAUGUAAUUCCACCACACGAUGAAGCAGAAUUGCAAAAAAAUAAGUUAUCUUCACCUAAACCAGCAAGCCUGGAGACAGAACAUUUUGAGAAUAAGACGAUAGUGCCCACAAGAGAACGGGAUGAACAAGAUCUCACAGAAUGUUUGUCAUUAGAGCAGCUAAGUUCCCCAAAAUUAUCCACCAAGCAGGAUAAACAAGAAGUACAACCAGAUGUACAGAAGAUGCCACAGCUGGUGAGCUCAAAGUCAGAGAUGACUGCUGUAGCAGACCAGCAACCAGUGUCAUCAAAUACAUAUGUACCUUUUCAUACUCUGCCUGAAAAAACAGUAUCUGUGGCUUUAAUUGAUGAUGAAGAAAAACAAAAUAUUCUAACAUCUCUACCUAACAUAGCAGGCAUACCUGAAAACCAAGGUAGUUACACUAAAGAAGAGGAUAGACAUGAAGUGCAGCCAUAUUUCACAGAGCGGAAACAUUCAUCCUUAGAGCAACCAAGAUCUGUUUCCUCAGAUCUUGUUUAUGACACUGUAGCACACAAAACUCAGCAUUAUUCUUAUGAACAGGAUACACUUCAUUCAGUGGAGUCGAAGUCCAUUUUCCCCAGUUCUAACGAAAAGCAGAAUCCACAUAUCCCAUCUCCUGGGCUAGCCAGCUGGGUGGCAGAAGUGAAAGCUCAUUCAAUUAAACCUAUACAAGCUAAAGGAGUAGACAAGCUUUCUCCAAAUAGAGCUUCAGAUUUUGGAUCAAAACAAUUCCCAGAUGGAAAUUUCACAGAAGUUACAGUUCAUGGCACUACAGACAAUAAACAUGAUACAUUUAGAGUUUCUGAUUCUGAAACUGAAAUUUCCUAUGGACUGUUCUCAGAAACUGGUCACAGAACAGGAAAACAUGAUUUACGAUCUCCAGGAGCAGACAACCCACGUCCAGACAAAGGUCUGGAGAGUGAAAGUAGGUUUGGAAACCCUUCAAAAAGGAAAGCAACACAACAUCUGGAAGCAGACGAAAUGUCCACAGUGCCUGAGCAUUACCUGAGAAGAGAAGAAGAAAUGAAACACAUGAGCACUGUAGAAGACAGACAGCACACUCCAGAACCCAUUGAACAAAAAGAUUUAUUUAAUAUAAUAUCAGAAGGUUAUGAAAUACUCAAUAUUCAUGCUCCUACAUAUAUUUCUUCCAUUGAUCAAGAAGAAAGUAAACACAUGCCAGAUAAACUAGAAUACUUGGAAACAAAUCCUUCAUUUAAGAAAAAAUUAGCUCCUGAGAGACAUGGAGCUUCAGUUUCUGGAACAACAGAAAUUUCUGGAAUCUCAGGGUUGGGAACGUCUGAAAGCCAUGAAGAGAAAGAAUUGGUCACAACUGAUGAUGCUGGGGAAACUGAAGAAAUACAAGAAGAAAAUCCAGUGUUGUCAGAAAGCCAAAGUUAUGCACUCUUGGAUCCUGACAACGGUAUAUCUGAAAUUGAUUAUUUUGAAAAAUAUACCUUGAUUGAUGACAAAUCCCCAAUUAGGCCACAUUUUGACAGACCAAGUUCAUCUUUCCCUGUGAAAGAAGAUCUUAAUGAACCUGUGGAACAAGCCACAUCUUCCAAAGAAACUGCUAAAGAAGAUAUUUUGGAAGAGGAAUUUGCCUUACUUGAGGAUUUGGAUGAAGUAUUUUAUGGAACUGUGAAAGGAGAAAGCAAAAUGCAGUCCUAUGUGGUUGUUCCAGAACCUUUUCCUCUGCAGAAAUCAAUUGACAUUAGCAGUAAAAAAGCCACAAGUGUAGAAGAUGAACGAAAGUCACCAGGGACCCCACUAUUUGAUUCAGAAGAAGGAGUACUAGAACGAUCUCUGUUGUUUCCUACAACUGUUGCUGCUGUUAAUCCAGAGCUUCUAGAGGAGCCACCUGCUCUAUCAUUUUUAUACAAGGAUCUCUAUGCAGAAGCAGUCGGAGAAAAGACAAAGGAGGAAACUCCUUCUGAUGAAGAAAGUGGUAACUCUAAUGCAUCUUUUCCAAGCAGAAAUUCAGAUACAGAUGAUGGAACAGGAAUUUAUUUUGAAAAAUACAUUCUUAAAGAUGAAAUUCCAGGUAAAGACUUAGAGCCUCAGAAGGAUCAGAUACCAGAAGUUGAAUCUUUUACUGGAGGAAUUUCAGUUCAGAGUCCAGAGGAGAAAUACGAGCAGAGGUCUGCUGAUGUUUUAAGUGCUAGUACUGAGAUUCUGCCAGAGAGAGAAACUAUGGAGAAAAUCCACAGUGACAUUAAAGCAACAAUUUGCAAACCAACGCACGCCAUUCCUUUUGGAGGAAGAGUAAUUGUUUCAGGUGCAAGAAGUGAUGUCACUGAACAAAGAGAAGAAAACGUUCCUGUGGAAACAACUGAGGAGUUACCAGAGCAAACAAGUCAACAAGAUUAUAGUCAAAUAGUCGCUUCUCCAGGAGCUGCACAUCAAGAAUCUACCAGUAAGCAGGAAGAACACCAUGAAAUAACAGCAGUUCCUCGAGUGGAAAAAUACGUUCCAUAUACUCGAACUCCUGUUGAAGACAGUGAAGAUGAUCAGUUUACCCAGGAAAUUCCUCAUGUUCCUACCACUCAGCAAAGAGAGAAGCCAGCUUUUCAAAGAGAAGAACAGCACCCUCAUGUUUAUGAAGACUUAGCUGAGUCAAUGGACUAUGAUGUGAUUACACAAGAAGAACUUUUGCAAGACGAAAUAUCGUCUGAACUCACACAUGAGGAGCUACUAUUUGAAGACAGAGACUCUUUUGAGCAUAUUGGGGAUAGUUAUGAAUUUUUUAAUGAGCCAGAGCAAAGAACACCUGUUGAACUUGAAGAUUCAGGAUUUGUGGUGAUGUAUCCUGAAAAAUCAGCAGCAAACAUUCCUGAAAUUGAGAGUCCACAAAGAGAACUGAAGAAAGCGCAGACAGAUACAUACUGUUAUAACUGCAAAUGUCCAAUAUCUGCUAUUGACAAGCUUUUUGGAGAACACAAAGACCAUGAAGUCACAACCCUAGAUGAUGCUGCAACCAAGAUGAAGGAUCAAUUAGGUGAAUUGCUAAUUGCGCUGGAAAAAAAGUCAAUGAAGAUUGAAGGGUUUGUGGGUGAUAUUGAAUCUCUGUUUAACUCUGUGGAGGAAAACUGUAAAGAAAAAGCAGAGUUAUUGGAAAAGCAGAAUGAAGAGAUGCUUAAGAAAAUGGUAGCACAAUAUGAUGAAAAAUCAGAAAACUUUGAAGAAGUUAAGAGGAUGAAAAUGGAGUACCUUUAUGAACAGAUGGCUAACUUCCAGCAAACUGUUGAUUCAGCAAAGGAAACUUUGGAGACUACAGUAAAGGAAAUGGAAGAACUCAAUGGAUUUGUUAUCCUAAAUUCGUCUAAAGAACUGAACAAAAGGUUAUGUUCUGCAAUGGAUGCUACUCUUUCUUUAGAAAAGGUGCCCAGUACGUUUUCACUGUUUGAGCACUAUGCGGACAGCCCGGGAAAGAGCAAUCAGGACUCUUUAAAACAAGUGGCUGUCCCACAGACACCAACCUUAAUACCUCAGGAGCCAAAUUCUGCUACCAGCACCUCCAUUGCUGUCUACUGGACUGUGAAUGAAGGGGACGCCAUUGACUGCUUCCAGGUGUAUUGUAUGGAGGAGCUUCAAGCCAGCAAAGAUGAGGGAGCUUUGGUGGAAGAAUACAGAGUGACAGUGAAGGAGAGCCACUGCAUCUUGGAGGACCUGGAGCCAGAUCGCUGCUAUAGUGUGUGGGUCAUGGCUGUGAACUGUACAGGAUGUAGCUUACCUAGUGAAAAAUCCAUUUUUAAAACAGCACCUGCCAUCCCCACCAUCAAGGCUGAAGACUGCACAGUGUGUUGGGACACAGCCACCAUCCGCUGGCAGGUUGCCUCAGCAGCAGCAGAGUCCUUCACCCUGGAGUACUGCAGACAGCAUUCACCAGAAGGAGAAGGUCUCAGAUCUUUUGCUGGUAUAAAGAGACAUGAACUGAAGGUAUCCCUGGAGCCCAAUGUGAACUAUUUCUUCUACUUGAGGGCUGUCAAUACGUUUGGGACGAGUGAACAGAGUGAAGCUGCUCUCAUCUCAACUAAAGGAACUCGAUUUCACAUACUGAGUGACACAGCUCAUCCCGCUUUGCAAAUCUCCCCUGAUGAAACUGUGAUCUGUCUUCCAGAGAAAGCUACAUUCACUGGGUUCCCAUCAGUCCUGGGUGAACCACUGCCUGCUCGAGGAUGUCAUUACUGGGAAACUGUUGUCACUGCCUGCAGAAGCUACAGGAUUGGGAUUUGCUAUGAAACAACACCACAGAGCAGUGAUGUGGGACUGAGUGACACUUCCUGGUGCAUGCACUGCUGUCCUACACAAACCAGCUUUCUCUACAGGUUUUUUCACAUGGAUGUGAUGAGUGAUGUACACGUGACAGAACAACUGGCCAGGAUCGGCAUCCUGUUGGAUUACAAUGGUGGCAGACUGUUGUUCUUUAAUGCAGAGAGAGGACUGGUGCUGUUCACCAUCAGACACAAAUUUACCGAUUCUGUUUAUCCAGCCUUUGCCCUGGAGAAGGCUGGAGUGCUUACCCUGCGCACAGGAAUGGAUCUGCCAGACUUUGUGAAGCACAGCUAAUCCCCUGCUUCACAGUCUUAGAAAAACUAACAGUUCCAAUGUUAGGGGCAGGGUGGGAUGUCAGAGGGAGAUGUCAAUUUUCGAUGAUGAAUACUAUGCACACAGCUCUCCCCCACAGAAUCCAUAAUUGCAGAUAGCGCUCAGCCUUGUAAUCACCCUGAGCCUGCAGAAAAAACAGCACCUUCAGAUGGAACAUGCACCUUGUGAUGUACACAGCAGGAUUUUUGAGGGAAAUAAGAAGGUUUUUAGAUAUGAACAUUAAGGGGAGGGAGGGAAAUGUACUUUCCCUUUGAAAAUAAUGACAGUGUUUUCUGUCUUUUUAAAUUUGAUGAUGAGCCUGUGUAUGAAAUAAAUGCAUCUCUCACUGCAA